CACGAGCAGACCGGAGCAAAGACCCGAUUGUACAGAUUACUCACUCUAGUAUUGUCCUACACUGAGUCCGUUUGCUAGUACAUUAGAGCGAAAAUAGUUGGACAGCAUAUAACAACGUUAUAAACAUAUCUUAGCAGGUGAAUGUAAAAAAAAAAAGAACUCGACAAUUCGGUGUUUAGGUCAGCACGGACAGAAUUGCUUUCCUUUCAAUCUUCGGUGUGCGUUUUUCUCAGCUGGAGCAUUCAAAUUGGAUUUCGAGCGAAUAUCGGGAAAGUCCAGAUGACGCUGUCGGAUUGUCAUUAGACCUAUCUACUGCCUUUGAUACUGUGAACCAUCAGAUCCUCCUCUCCACCCUCUCCGAGUUGGGCAUCUCCGGCGCGGCCCACGCUUGGAUUGCGUCCUACCUGACAGGUCGCUCCUACCAGGUUGAGUGUGGUGUUGUGAGCGACAGGAUGACCAGUCUCUGAGGAAAAAGGAGCAGACUCUGAGGAAAAAGGAGACAGAGGAGUGAGUGUUCACCGUGGGAGAGCUCUUCAUCACUCUACCCCCCUGACAGCUGCACCAAUGUUCUCCCCCGACCAGGAAAACAUCUCCACCACCCCAGCCUCCACCAAAGUGCCAGUCAAAUACGGAGAGCUCAUUGUUCUGGGGUACAAUGGCUCCCUACCCAACGGAGACAGGGGGAGGCGGAAAAGCCGCUUUGCACUGUGCCGGAGACCCAAGGCCAGCGGGGUGAAACCCAGCACAGUGCACGUGGCGUGUACACCUCAGGCAGCCAAGGCCAUCAGCAACAAGGACCAGCACAGUAUCUCCUACACUCUGUCCCGGGCCCAGACGGUGGUGGUGGAGUACACUCAUGACAGCAAUACAGACAUGUUCCAGAUUGGGCGUUCCACAGAGAGCCCCAUAGACUUUGUGGUGACGGACACGGUGCCUGGCAGCCAGCAGAGCCACGGGGGGGAGGGCCAGACCCAGACCCAGUCUAUCCAGAGCACCAUCUCGCGCUUUGCCUGCCGCAUCAUCUGCCAGCGGAGCCCGCCGUACACCGCUCACAUCUACGCCGCCGGCUUCGACUCCUCCAAGAACAUCUUCCUGGGGGAGAAGGCAGCCAAGUGGAGGACACAGGAAGGACAGAUGGACGGGCUGACCACUAAUGGCGUGCUGGUGAUGCACCCUCGCCACGGCUUCACGCAGGACUCCAAGCCGGGCGUGUGGAGAGAGAUCUCUGUCUGUGGCAAUGUCUUCACCCUCAGAGAGACCCGCUCUGCCCAGCAACGGGGCAAGAUGGUGGAGAGCGAGAGCCAGGAACUGGUGGAUGGCUCGCUGAUCGACCUGUGCGGCGCCACCCUCCUGUGGCGCACGGCCGAGGGCCUCUCGCGCACUCCCACCGUGAAGCACCUGGAGGCCCUGAGGCAGGAGCUGAAUGCCGGGCGGCCCCAGUGCCCCGUAGGUUUCAACACCUUGGCCUUCCCCAGCCUCCGCCGCAAGGAGAUCCUGGAUGAGAAACAGCCCUGGGCCUACCUCCGAUGCGGCCAUGUGCACGGCUACCACGCCUGGGGAGGCCAAGGACGGGAGCCCGAGGAUGAGGUGGUGGAGGUGGGCCGUGAGAGGGAGUGCCCCAUGUGCCGAACCAGGGGGCCGUAUGUACCGUUAUGGCUGGGGUGUGAGGCGGGGUUUUACUUGGACGCGGCACCGCCCACACACGCCUUUAGUCCAUGCGGUCAUGUGUGCUCGGAGAAGACGGCGGCGUUCUGGAGCCAGAUCCCGCUGCCACACGGCACGCACACUUUCCACGCCGCGUGUCCGUUCUGCGUGCAGCAGCUGGCCGGCGAGAGCGGCUACCUCAGACUCAUCUUCCAAGGGCCCCUGGACUAGAUAAUGGACAGCGGUCUCCUCCCAAACCCCAACUGACGCUUCACAACUACCAGGGUUGUGAUCAUUAGGGCACACAACCGAAAACAUCUUAAAACGUUUUGCAACAGAAAAUGAAAAUUGUAGUUUCUUAUUGGACAAAUCCAGGUAGUCCCUCACUGUUUCAGACAGUUUUCUUCUGUUUGGUGGCUAAUGAACAUGACCCAAGGGCCAUUCAAUAACCAAGUGAAUGGUGGAAAAACAGCUUAAAGGACUGUUAAGCAUUUCUUAACUUAAAUAUUUUGGAGAGCUACAGAAUACUUUUUUGCUUUUUUUCCAAGUGACCUUUUUUCUAGCAGUGCUGUUUUCGAUACUAUAAUUCUAUUUUUAUGUUAACAAUAAAAAAGCGCUACAGUAUAUGCUAACACAGAAAACUCUUCCACAGGUGCAGAUUUGUAAUGUUCUGAUGCAAAAUCCAUUGUGAGGCUGUGUGUGUGUGGCUUGACCUUUAUAGUCAUUUCUUUUUCUAUCUGAAACUUAUGAGGCAAUUGUAGCAGAAACAAGCAUACUUUGUAAUGCUAGCUACUGUUUUGGAAUGACCUCCUUUUUCUUAGACAUGAAGACCCAUGUUGUUAAACUAGGCCUAUUAAAUCAAUAUUUGGCGAUUGCAUAAAAAAAGUGUUUAUGGCCUUGUACCUUUUUUUACCAUGAAUCCCAACAUGUACCCUAUCUUAAUGUUAUCAAUCACCACAUCAACACAUAAGGUGGUAUUAGAAGGGGAAGAAUUACAUAAUACAAAAUAAUAUCACUUUUCAAUCUGUGUACCCUUCUGCCCUUCUGAACAAGGACUGGAGAAACAGAUCUAUGAAUUGACUGAUGGAAACUUGUUGACAAUGACACAUAUCUGAAUGUCCAGAAUGUAUUCAAGCAAGCAUCAUUUUUUUUUCAAUUGAAGUGUGGCCCUAAACACAUUGACUUUUCAGAUGGUAUGAAAGUUUUCCCCUCUCAUCUUCCAUAUGUACCUGCAUUCAUUGUGUAUAUAAUAUUUAUGUUUAUGUUUGUGUGUAUGUUAAUUUACCCAGUGAUUUGUACCCCAAUUUAAGUAAUGUGUGAGAGCUUAUUUUCUUUACCGUUCAACCAACUUACAUUCAUGUUUUACCAGUUUGUUCUGCUUUAUAUCCUCUUGAUCGCAUGAUGCCUUUAUACAGGAUGUUGAGUAUUAUUUCUGCAAAGAGGGUUGCUGUUGCAGACAACACAUUUUUUUUUUACCAACUGGAAACAAUAAAAGUUAAACGCUUUUAAAUUGUU